AUGAGUACUGCCUCAUAUUUACCCCAAGAAGAAUUUGAGCAAACAAAUAUUUAUCAGUAUGAUGAAGUACCAGAAAAUAAGUCAUGGGCAUCUUCCUUACCUAUAGCUAAAGGUUUAUAUAACCCAGACCUCGAAAAAGACGCUUGUGGUGUUGGUUUCACUUGUCAUUUGAAAGGUCAUCCAUCCCACAAGAUUGUGUCUGAUGCUAAAAGCUUACUAUGCAAUAUGACUCACAGAGGUGGUGAGUUGAACCCAAAAGAUGGUGAUGGUGCAGGUUUAUUAAGUUCAAUUCCUCAUAAAUUUCUUCAACGAGAGUUUCAAUACCACUGUAACAUAACUUUGCCCAAGAAGGGCCAGUACGGUGUGGGUAACUUAUUUUUUAAAAGAGACGAUGUUGUUUUUGUUAAAUCGAAAAAGACUUUUGAAAACAUUGCCGAGUCCUUGGAUUUAAAGGUGCUUGGGUGGAGAAAAGUGCCCCAUGAUUCAUCUAUAUUAGGUCCAGCGGCUUUAUCUAGAGAACCCUAUAUCUUGCAGCCGGCGGUUGUGUUGAAGGAAACUUUGAAUCAAGAUAUAUCAGAAGAAGAAUUUGCAUCUAAAUAUCAACAAAAUUUUGAAAAAAGAUUAUUUAUUUUGAGAAAGCAAUCGUCGCAUACAAUUGGUUUACAUAACUGGUUUUACAUUUGUUCGCUUUCUUCAAAGUCUAUUGUUUAUAAGGGCCAAUUGGCUCCAAAUCAAGUUUAUGCUUAUUAUCACGACUUGGUCAAUGCCGAGUAUGAGUCACAUUUUGCUUUGGUCCAUUCAAGAUUUUCAACAAAUACUUUCCCUUCAUGGGAUAGAGCACAACCUUUGAGGUUAGCAGCUCAUAAUGGUGAAAUCAAUACGUUGAGAGGUAACAAAAAUUGGAUGCGAGCAAAAGAAGGUGUUAUGAAAUCAAAGUUGUUUGGAGAUGAGAUGGAUAAAUUAUUUCCAGUUAUAGAGGAAGGCGGAUCUGACUCUGCUGCAUUUGAUAAUGUUUUGGAGUUGUUGGUUGUUAACGGAGUGGUUUCCUUACCAGAAGCCGUUAUGAUGAUGAUUCCCGAAGCCUGGCAGAAUGAUGAACACAUUGACCCAAAAAAGAAGGCUUUUUACGAAUGGGCGGCUUGCUUGAUGGAACCAUGGGAUGGACCUGCUUUAUUCACUUUUGCCGAUGAUAGGUACUGUGGUGCCAACUUGGACCGUAACGGUUUAAGACCAUGUAGAUACUAUGUCACUGAUGACGAAAGAAUAAUUUGUGCAUCUGAAGUUGGUGUCAUUGAGAUUGCUCCUGAAAAAGUGUUGCAAAAGGGUAGAUUGCAACCAGGUAGAAUGUUAUUGGUUGACACUAAGGAGGGAAGAAUUGUAGAUGACAAAGAGUUGAAGAGCAAGGUCUCUUCAAGAUUUGAUUUCAAAAGUUGGGUAUUGGCCAAUAUGAUCACCUUGGAAGAUUUAACUGGAAAAUUAUUAACAAGAAAUGUUGACUUAAACUCUGCACCAGUUGACAAGGCUUUGACCAUCCAAACUGACCCAAGAUUAGUAGCAUCGGGUUAUUCUCAUGAACAGGUUUUGUUUGUUUUGGCACCAAUGGCCGAGGGUAAUGAAGCUUUGGGUUCUAUGGGUAACGAUAAUGCAUUGGCUUGUAUUUCGGAGCAACCAAAACUAUUAUACGAAUAUUUUCGUCAAUUGUUUGCCCAGGUCACUAAUCCACCAAUAGAUCCAAUUAGAGAAAAGAUUGUUAUGUCAUUGGAAUGUUACGUUGGGCCCCAAGGUAAUCUCUUGGAGAUGAAACCAGAUCAACUAAAUAGACUUCUUUUAAAGUCGCCAAUUUUGACCAAUUCGGAGCUCUUGGCUAUCAAAAAUAUGGAAAAGGUUUACCCAAAAUGGUCGGUUACAACUAUUGACAUUACUUUUGAAAAAAGCCAAGGUAUUCAAGGAUACAUAAAUACCAUUGAUAGAAUAUGCCAAGCAGCGUCAAAAGCAAUUGCCGAUGAUAAUCAAGUGAUUAUCUUGAGUGAUGUGGAAACAUGUGCCGAUAGAUUGCCCAUCUCUGCUUUGAUUGCAAUAGGUGCUGUUCAUCACCAUCUCGUUAGACAAAAGCAACGUUCUAAGGUUGCCUUGAUUAUUGAAACCCAAGAAGCCAAGGAGGUCCACCACGCUUGUUGUUUAGUUGGAUAUGGUGCAGAUGGUAUCAAUCCAUACUUGGCAAUGGAGACUUUGGUUAGAAUGCAACGCCAAGGAUUGUUGAAAGAUGAAACAUUAACUGAAGAGGCUGUUAUUAAAAAUUAUCAAAAAUCAAUUGAUGCAGGUAUAUUGAAAGUCAUGUCCAAGAUGGGUAUUUCAACAUUGGCUUCUUAUAAAGGUGCUCAAAUUUUCGAGGCACUUGGUAUUGAUAAUUCUGUUAUUGACAGAUGCUUUGCAGGUACUGCAUCAAGAAUUAAAGGUGUCACUUUUGAAUAUAUUGCACAAGAUGCAUUCACCUUGCACGAAAGAGGAUAUCCAUCGAGAGAAUGCAUUAAGCCUAUUGGUUUGCCCGAAACCGGUGAGUACCACUGGAGGGAUGGUGGUGAUGCUCAUAUCAAUGAUCCUGCAGCAAUUGCAUCAUUACAAGAUGCAGUUCGUAAUAAAAAUGAAAGAGCUUUUGAUGCUUAUUGUAAAAAGGAAAACGAAGCAGUGAAAAAUUGUACUUUACGUGGUUUAUUGGACUUUGAUUUUGAAUCCUCGGCUGCCGUUCCAAUUGAACAAGUUGAGCCAUGGACGGAAAUUGUUCGCCGAUUCUUUACCGGUGCUAUGUCGUACGGUUCCAUUUCAAUGGAAUCACACUCCACUUUGGCUGUAGCUAUGAAUAGAUUGGGAGGUAAAUCGAACACUGGUGAAGGUGGUGAAGAUGCAGCUAGAUCUCAAGUUAGUGAAAAUGGCGAUACCAUGAGGUCAGCUAUUAAACAAGUUGCCUCUGGUAGAUUUGGAGUCACUUCAUUUUAUUUGGCAGAUGCUGAUGAAUUGCAAAUAAAAAUGGCGCAAGGUGCAAAACCCGGAGAAGGUGGUGAAUUGCCUGGUAAUAAAGUCUCAGCUGAAAUUGGUAAAACAAGACAUUCUACUCCAGGUGUUGGUUUAAUAUCCCCACCUCCACAUCAUGAUAUUUAUUCGAUUGAGGAUUUAAAGCAGUUAUUGUAUGAUUUGAAAUGUUCGAAUCCUAGGGCACGUACUUCUGUCAAGUUGGUCUCCGAAGUUGGUGUUGGUAUUGUUGCCGCUGGUGUUGCAAAAGCAGGGUCAGAAAAUAUUUUAGUUUCUGGAGGUGAUGGUGGUACUGGUGCCGCUAAAUUGACCUCGAUUAAAUAUGCAGGUUUACCAUGGGAAUUGGGAUUAGCUGAGUCUCAUCAAACGUUGGUUUUGAAUGAUUUAAGAGGAAGAGUUAUUUUACAAACAGACGGACAAUUGAGAACAGGAAGAGAUAUUGCUAUUGCUUGUUUGUUGGGAGCUGAGGAAUGGGGAUUUGCCACCACUCCAUUGAUUGCCAUGGGAUGUAUUUACAUGAGAAAAUGUCAUACUGGUGCUUGUCCAGUUGGUAUUGCUACUCAAGAUCCCGAUUUGAGAAAGAAAUUCGAAGGAACCCCUGAGCAUGUGAUUAAUUUCUUUUACUACAUGGCCAAUGAUUUAAGACUGUUUAUGGCAAAAUUGGGUUUUAGAACAGUCGCAGAGAUGGUGGGAAGAACUGAAAAGUUAAAAGUUCGGGAAGACUUUAGAAAUACUAAGAAUGCAAACAUUGAUUUGUCGCCUAUUCUUACACCAGCACAUACUAUAAGACCAGGUGUUGCAACCCAUUGUGUUAGAAAACAGGAUCAUAGAUUACACGUUAGAGUCGAUAACAAAUUGAUUGAUGAAUCUGAAUUAACCUUGGCUAAGGGAUUACCUGUGACAAUUGAUUGCGACGUUGUAAAUACCGAUCGUUCAUUGGGUACAACUUUAUCAUACCGAGUUUCCAAGACUUUUGGUGAAAAAGGUUUGCCUCAUGACACUAUUCACGUGAACAUAACUGGGUCUGCUGGACAAUCUUUCGGUGCAUUCUUGGCGUCUGGUGUAACAUUGGAAUUGGAAGGUGAUGCCAACGAUUACAUUGGUAAAGGUUUGUCAGGAGGUAGAAUAAUUGCUUAUCCACCUAAGGAGUCCAAGUUUAAAGCUGAAGAUCAAAUUAUUGCUGGUAAUACUGCAUUCUUUGGAGCUACAUCUGGGUCGGCUUUCAUUAGAGGUAUUGCCGCAGAGAGGUUUGCUGUUCGAAACUCGGGAGCCAUUAUUGUUGUUGAAGGUACUGGUGAUCAUGGUUGUGAGUAUAUGUCGGGUGGUAGAGUUGUUAUUCUUGGAGCUACUGGUCGUAAUUUUGCCUCUGGUAUGUGUGGAGGUAUUGCUUAUGUUUUAGAUAUGGCCCAAGACUUUGCCGAUAAAGUUAACAAGACCAACGUGGAAUUGUCGCUGGUUACCGAAACUGAAGAAAUUGCGUUUUUGAGAAAUUUGAUUGAGGAUCAUCGCCAUUACACGGGUUCAGAAGUUGCAGAUAGAAUAUUGAAUGAUUUCAAUAGAUACUUGCCUAGAUUUGUCAAAGUUUUGCCCUUUGAUUAUAAAAAGGUAUUGGAAAAGGAGAAAAAAAUGGCCGAGGAAGCAAAAAAGAAGGAAUUGAGUAAGUUUUUACAAUCAAUUAAGGAGGAUCCAGAAUCUGAUGUCACCAAUGGAGAGGCUUACAAGAUUAAAAAAGGUCAUGCUCAUCAGCACCAGCACCAGCACCAGCACCAGCAUCAGCACCAGCACCAUCAUCAUCAUCAUCAUCAUCAUCAUCAUCGUCAUGAUGAAAAAGAACCAAAGGUUGCAGAUGUGGAAGAUACAGUGUUUAAUACUGAAUUUGACAAGAAAGCACCAGUCAAGUUGGACAGAGUCAAAGGCUUCAUGAAGUACAAGCGUAGAAACGAAAAAUACCGUGACUCAAGUGAAAGGGUUAAAGAUUGGAAGGAGAUGACAUCGAGAUUGACCAAAGACGAAUUGCAUUAUGAAACUGCAAGAUGUAUGGACUGUGGUGUUCCUUUCUGUACUUCGGAUACAGGAUGUCCAAUCUCAAACAUUAUCCCUAAAUGGAACGAAUUGGUGUUCCACAAUAGAUGGUGGGAUGCAUUGCAAAGAUUGUCAAUGACCAAUAACUUUCCCGAGUUCACUGGUAGAAUCUGUCCGGCUCCAUGUCAGGGUGCUUGUGUAUUAGGUAUCAAUGAAGAUCCAGUGAAUAUCAAGUCUGUUGAAUGUGCAAUCAUUGACAAUGCGUUUGAGCAAGGAUGGAUCAAGCCCACGCCGCCACAACACAGAACUGGUAAAACAGUUGCCAUUAUUGGAUCAGGCCCUGCCGGUUUAGCAUGUGCCGACCAAUUGAACAAAGCUGGGCAUUCAGUAACUGUUUAUGAAAGAAGUGACAGACCAGGUGGUUUAUUGAUGUACGGUAUUCCAAAUAUGAAAUUAGACAAGGGUAUUGUUGAGAGAAGGACGAAUUUGUUAGCAGCUGAAGGAAUCAACUUUGUAUGUAAUACCACUGUUGGUGAAGACAUUCUGGUUGAAGAAUUGAAGUCCACUUUUGAUGCCGUUGUUUUUGCUGUUGGUUCAACGAUUCCUAGAGACUUGAAGAUUCCCGGUAGAGAAUUGAAAAACAUCAACUUUGCUAUGCAAUUGUUGCACAAGAACACCAAGGCACUUUUGGAGGAUCAUUUGGCUGAUAUCCGCCAACAGUUGGAAGGCAAACACGUUGUUGUUAUUGGGGGUGGUGAUACUGGUAACGAUUGUUUAGGUACUUCUACGCGUCACGGUGCCAAGUCUGUCACCAACUUUGAGUUGUUGCCACGUCCACCAUCUUCAAGGCCCAAGGACAACCCAUGGCCACAAUGGCCUAGAAUUUUUAGAGUUGAUUACGGCCAUACUGAAGUAUCUACUCAUUACGGUAACGAUCCAAGAGAGUACUCAAUCUUAUCGAAGGAAUUUAUUGGAGAUGACGAGGGAAAUGUUAAGGGCAUCAAAACUGUUAGAGUUGAAUGGAAACGUUCUGACCAAGGUGCAUGGCAGAUGGCUGAAGUUCCUGGAAGUGAAGAGUUUUUCCCCGCUGACGUAGUUUUAUUGUCUAUGGGUUUUAUUGGGCCUGAUGCCGACAAUUUGGAAGUGAAAAAGACAAAGAGAGGUACAAUUGCCACUGUUGAUCCAAAUGUUUAUAAAGUUGACCAGGAGUCUAAUUUAUUUGCUUCUGGUGAUUGUAGAAGAGGUCAGUCAUUGGUUGUAUGGGGAAUCCAAGAAGGUAGACAAUGUGCAAGAGAAGUUGAUGAGUUUUUAAUGGGAUCAACAAGAUUACCAGGUAACGGUUCAGUUGAACAAAGAAGUUACAAGUUGCUAGAAGAAUUGGCUGAGAAAGUAUAG